UUGAACAACUGUCACGUUUUGGGCUUCAGGAAGAAGAAGAAGAAGGAAACCCAUCUCACCUUCUUCAUUCCCGUGGUGGGUUUUACAGUUUCUCUCUCAAUCUCUCUCUCAAUCAUGGCCAUUCUCUUAAAGAUUUGAUCUUCAAUUCUUCAUUUGGAAUAUGUUCUUGUGUUCAUAUUAAAGCCUCAAUCAUCAGAUCUCACUUUUUUUCUUUCAAUGUCGACUACAAAACCACCCCUUUAUCCUACUUCCUCCUCCCGUUCAUCAACUCCGGCCAAUCGGACUCUCCCUCCUCCACCAUCGACGUUUCUAUCACGCACCAGAGCUCAAUUCGCAACUUGCCGUCCAUGGCGUGAGGUAUUAUUCAACUUCCACGCCUUCUCUCUUCCUGAUGGUUAUGCCGAUGCAAUUUCUCGCAUCAGGAGGAACGUGAAUUACUUCAGGGUAAAUUACGCAUUGGGUAUGCUGUUGAUUCUGUUCAUCAGCCUUAUAUAUCAUCCAAUUUCAAUGAUAGUCUUUUUGGUCAUUUUCGUUGGCUGGCUCUAUCUUUACUUCACCAGAGAUGAACCGAUUGUCCUGUUCAAUAACACAAUUGAUGAUCGUGUUGUUCUUGUGGGAUUGAUUGUUGUAACAGUGAUUGGUUUGGUGUUCACUAAUGUUGGUCUGAAUGUGUUGAUUUCUUUGAUAAUUGCUGUUGUUGUUAUUGGGUUACAUGCUGCAUUUCGAAUCACUAAUGAUUUGUUCCUUGAUGAAGAAGAAGCUGUUGAGGGAGGUUUGCUGUCUGUUGUUGGAAGUGAACCGUUUUGAAUGAUCAAGAUUAUCAUCUUGUUUUGUUUUUCCUCGUAAUCAUUGUUCAUUAGUUGAGUUGUUUUUGUACUCUGAAAACUUAUAAAUGCUUUUAUAAUUGUGUUUAUGCAACUUUUUGUAAAGUUCUUUCUUAUCUAUAUGUUCAUUUGAUUGAUUCCAGGUU